UAGGCUAAGAGUCAGCUGCGCGGCCACGCUCUUGGUUCCCGCGGUCUCCGCCGCUGGCGGUGCUCAGUCUCUCCGCGCGCCCACCUUCCCUGUUCCUCGGGCCGGACUAGUGUGGGGAGCGCCCCACGCGCCGCCACCCGCAUGGCUGCCAUCAAGGCGCUGCAGCAGUGGUGCCGGCAGCAAUGCGAGGGCUACCGGGGCGUGGACAUCACCAACAUGACUACCUCGUUCCGCGACGGCCUGGCCUUCUGCGCUAUCCUGCACCGCCACCGGCCGGAUCUCAUAAACUACAGUGCCCUCCGGAAGGAAAACAUUUAUGAGAACAACAAACUCGCCUUCAGUGUGGCAGAGGAGCAGCUGGGCAUCCCCGCCCUGCUCGACGCCGAGGACAUGGUAGCCCUGAAGGUGCCUGACCGGCUGAGUAUCCUGACCUAUGUGUCGCAGUACUACAACUACUUCCACGGCCGCUCCCCCAUUGGGGGCAUGGCUGGCAUAAAGAGGCCCCCGUCGGAUCCGGAGGAGGAACCUUCUGGGAAGAAAACCCCGUCCAUGCCGGCCAAGCUGCCGUCACCUGUCCCAGGCCGGGUGCUUCCGCUGUCUGAAGGCAGGACCAGCUCUGUGGUACAGAGGAAGGACGGGGGCCCAGAGGGCCCACUCCCGAAGGCUGGCCAGACGCUGGCAGGCAGUGCAGUCAGCAGCAUCUGCGGGGUCUGUGGCAAGCACGUCCACCUGGUCCAGCGGCACCUGGUUGAUGGGCGACUGUACCACCGCAGCUGCUUCAGGUGUAAGCAGUGCUUCAGCACGCUGCGCUCUGGGGCCUACCGGGCCGCCGGGGAGCCGGGCAUCUUCAUCUGCACCAGCCAUCACUCCAAAGCCACCUCGGGGAAGGCUGCGGUGCUGGGUGUGCCUUCCAGACAGCCUGUGGACUCGGGGCCCCCCACCAUUCUGCGGAAGGCCCAGGAGAUGAACGGGCAGGGAGACGCACCACUGAAGGCCCACCCAGCGGUCCAGCAGCCUGCAGGGGACAAUGCGGCUGUGAAAGGCUUUGCUCAGACUACAUCUGAGCCCCCAGCCACCACCUGCCCCAUCCGCGUGGGGAGCCCAGCGGGAUCCAGACUGCCCACGAGCCCAGUGGCCUCCCACUUGGAGCACAACAGAGCUGGCACACGUGUGACCAACAGCUCCCCAAUGGGGUGGACAUCACUUGCCCAGAGCCCAGUGGCAAACAGCUCUCGGUCUGCCCCUAGUGUCCCAGACCCUUGCCCAGCCAUGCCCCAAGGCCAGGGCACCCCCCAAGUGUCAGCUGCUCUGACCAAGCUUGCCUCGAACUCAGCAUCUCCGGGUGCAGUGGACCCUCCAGCCUGGACCCCUUCGGCCACUAGGACCCAGCAGGCCCGGCAGAGGUUCUUCCAGAGCCCGGCUGCCCCCCGCAGUGGCCCUGCGAGCCGGACCCCUGCCCCCACAGACACCCCCUUCCGGGACAGCAGCAGGGAGCAGGCGCUGAGCUUUCUCAAGAAGACCCUCCCGGGGCGGGAGGCAGGCGGUGCCCAGGCAGCCAGCAGGUCCUCCCCAGCCACCUCCCCUGCUGUGAAUUCCUGUCCCCAAACUGAAGCUCCAAAAACAGCUCUCUCAGCCAAUCCAUCACAACCAACCAUUCCCCACACCCUCCACUCCACUUCGAGGCCAGAGCCAUCUGCCCACCUGAGUGUGGGCAACACCUCGCAGGCAUCUGGGUUGUCCCAGAUGGGCAGGACCUCAGCCGUGUCCUCAGGGCUUGGCAGGGCAGGGAUAGGCUCCAGGCUGAAGCCAGAGGCCCCGACGGCAAAGGAUGCAGGCACCAGCAGCCCCCAGGAAAGCCAGGAGGGUGGGCCGGAAGGCUGGAGGGCCCGCCUGAAGCCUGUGGAUAAGAAGCCGCCUGCUGAGAGGGCACGGGAGCCGAAGGGGCCGCGGGUCCUGGCAGAGCCGAAGGCUGGAGAUGUCCCAGUGUCCCCCAGGGCCCCCAUGCAGGCCUCGGGCAGCUUCCAGGGGGGUGCUCGCACCACCUUGACCCCUGUGCAGCCACAGCAGACACCAGGCCACACUGGCCAAGGGCUCAGGCUCCCAGCUGCUUCCCCCUCCCCCUCCCCCUCCCCCCGCAGGAGACUGGCCGUCCCUCCCAGCCUUGAUGUGUCUGCCAACUGGCUUCAGUCGGAGCCAUCAGGGCAGGAUGCUCAAGGCCGGAGCAGGAAGGAGGAGAAACCUCAUUCUCGGGACAAACCAGGGAGGCCUCCUAGCCCAGCCGACGUUCCCGCCUCGCCUGGCAAGUCCACAACCUCCCCCAUCAGGCUGCACCCCGACUAUGUCCCCCAAGAGGAGAUCGACAGGCAGCUGCAGGACAUCGAGAGGCAGCUGGACUCGCUGGAGCUCAAGGGCAUCACAAUGGAGCAGCAGCUGCGUGCAGCUGAGGGAGCUGCCGAGGAGGAUGACCUCAUGGUGGCCUGGUUCCAGCUUGUCCACAAGAAGCAGCUGCUACUGAGGCUGGAGUCGGAGCUGAUGUACAAGUCCAAGGCCCAGCGCCUGGAGGAGCGGCAGCUGGACCUGGAGGGCGAGCUCCGCAGACUCAUGGCCAAGCCUGAGGGUCUAAAGUCCCCCCAGGACCGGCGGCGGGAGCAGGAGCUGCUGAGCCAGUACGUUAGCACUGUGAAUGACCGCAGUGACAUUGUGGACAUCCUGGACGAGGACAGACUCAGGGAGAAGGAGGAGGACCAGGUGCUGCAGGACAUGAUCCAGAGGCUGGGUAGGGAAGCAUGCGCCCGGCAGGCGCAGGGACGGUGGGCCGGACAGGUCCCCCUCCAGUGGGACAGGCCAGAGGGACCCAGGCCCACCGCACAAGGGACCGGAAGCGGUGGUGGCUGGGGCAGGUCUGGGCACCUGGCAGGCUUUUCCUGGUGUUCGGGGUGGGCAGCUCUGGUCCCAGCUCCUGCUGGCCUGGAGGACCCUGGCCGGGGAAGACCCCACACGACCUCACCUCCCCUCUCCCCAGACCUGCAGAAGAAAAAGUCCAAGUUCCGCUUGUCCAAGAUCUGGGGCCCGAAGAGCAAAAGCAGUCAUCCGGAGUGAGUGCCCAGCAGGUGCAGCAGGGCCCGCGAGGGCGCCCAGCCCAGGCCCGGGCCCAGGCUUCCCUCCCUGGGGUCUUCCUGGCCCCAAUAAAGAGACUGACAUUA